CGGGGAUGCAGUAUAGGUUAUCGGGCUGCCCCUGCGAUGAACUAAACGGCGAGAGGCUGGAGAGUUUCCACUGCGAGCCCUCAAGGGUUAACUCGUAGACUCAGGAGGAGGAGGAGGAGAGAGUCAGGCAGAAGCAGUCGAUGUCAGAGCUGUCGAUCUUUUCCGAGCGUGGCCGGCUAACAGACAGCGACUCGCAGGACUGGAGCUCGGGCUGCGGCUCCCUUCCUCCUUCUCUCCCCCAGCCGCCGGCAGACCGACACAGCGGUCCAUGGCCCGGUAACCAUGACGGACUACGCCGAGGAGCAGCGCAAUGAGCUGGAGGCUCUGGAGUCCAUUUACGCCGACUCGUUCACUGUUUUAACCACUUCCCCAGCAAGUUUCUCUAUCACGGUUAAAUCUGAAGCCGGAGACGAUGAGGAAAAUGUUCAAGUAAGUCUGAAGUUUGUCUACGUGGCAUCUUAUCCAGACGAGGCUCCCCUCUUCGAAAUUGUUUCCCAAGAGAAUCUUGAAGAUUCUGAUGCAUCAAGCAUACUGACACUAUUGGAGGAGCAGGCACAGGAAAACCUUGGAAUGGUAAUGAUCUUCACUUUAGUAUCUGCAGUUCAAGAAAAACUAAAUGAAAUAGUAGACCAAAUAAAAACAAGAAUAGAAGAAGAGAAAGUACAAAAGGAAAAAGAGGCCGAAGAAGCAGAAAAGACACGUUUUCAUGGGACUCCUGUAACAAUUGAAAACUUUCUCAGCUGGAAAGCAAAAUUUGAAGCAGACUUAGCAGAAAUUAGGAGGAAAAGACAGAAGGAAGAAGAGCAAUCAGGGAAAAAUAAAUUAACUGGGAAGCAGCUAUUUGAAACAGAUCAUAAUCUCGACACAUCUGACAUUGAUUUCCUAGAAGAAGCUGGCAACAGUGUUGAAGUUGAUGAGUCCUUAUUCCAAGAUUUGGACGAUUUAGAACUGGAUGACGAAGAUGAUCCAGAUUAUAACCCAAUUGAUCUAGAAAGUGAUUGAUGUCCUGGAAACAGCAUACAUUUGGAGUCACAGUAUCUGUGACUACACUAAGCAUGCAUGCUCUGUUAGAUUAUUAUUCCUUUUUUUUUUUUUUUUUUUUUUAAGUCAUAAGUUUUAAUUAUCAGGAGAACACCCUUCUGAUGACAUUUAAAUAUUGUCGCCUAAUAAAUUGACUUAAAAAAAU